UGACGCCAUUGGGCGGCGCCGGCAGCCGCGGCAGUUUGUGAGGGGAAGGAGGCGGCGGCGGCGGCGGCGGCGGGAGGAGGAAGAGCGAGCGCGGAGCCUCCCUCGCGGCCCGGCCUCUCUUCCCCGCCUGGGCCCGCUGCGUAAGACGCCCAUCGGAGCGAUGAAGGAGAGCAUCCAGCAGAAGAAGUACUGGGGGGCCUCCUCCAGCCUCCACGACCCCAUGGGCCACCCAGACAAGUUUUGCCGAGCGUCCCGAGAAUGGCGCGACCCGGAGCGCCAGCGAGGUGGCUGUUUCGAAGGGAGCCGGCGCCUGGCCUGCGCCAAGAAACCGCUCCCCAGCUUCAACCCCCUGUCCUCCAGCAGCGACGAGGAGCAGCAGCGCGGAGGCCAGUGGGAUAUCUCCCGCGUAUCCAGCUGGGGGGUGGCGGGUGGGUCCUCGGAGCUCUCCCGGCACAAAGCCCCCCGGGAGAAGCUGGCCAGGAGCGGCGGGCACACCUGGCCUUUCGAAGUCAGCACCGGCGCUCAGGCCCGAAGGCGCCCGCAGCUGCCGGGGACCUCCAGACAUUGUUUCCGCCGUAAGCGACAACGGGCCCGGCGCGCCUUCCGGAUGUUUCUGUAUUCUAAGAGCUCCCUGGCUUUCCUCUGGAAGCUGUUGGGCAAGAUGGCCGCCAAGGGACGCCGGCGAGGAGGGGCGAAGCGGGGCCGGUCAUCCAUGUCCCUCUCCCCCGGCUCCCAGCCCGACGACGACCAUCUCCCCGUCUUUAAGAAGAGGUGUCCUUUGGGCGCUGGGGCGGAGGACUGCCAAAGCACGGCGAAGGGCCGGCCUCACCUGGCCGGCUGCAAGCCGCCCUCUUCCGAGCCCCGCCUGGACUACGAAUUGGGGGGAGCCUUCCCCCCAUCUCCAUCCACGCCUCCGCACUCCCGCCUCACCUUGCUGGGGGCCCUGAUGGAAGAGGCCUCCCCUUACCCUCAGUACAUGGAGCUCCAGCGGGUGAGCUUCAACAAGGACCCCGGAGCCAUUGAACCCGGGGAGGAAGGAGCAGCUGCCCUACUCAAAUACCUUCCCCGGGGUGCCCAGGUGUCCCCCAGGACGAGGAAGAUGGGCGAGCCGCAGCACGGCCUGGACGGAGACACAGACGCCCUGGACGCCCUUCCCAACGGCUUCGCCUCCCUCCCUCCGGAUGGCGAACUUUGCUCCCUGCCCGGCUUGCCGGACGCCACCAUCCUCAUCAGCAACGUCUGUAGCAUCGGGGGCCACGUGGCCGAGGAGCUUUUCCAAGGGAGCCGAGACAACGGACGGCUGCCGGAUCCUUCGGCUGGGCGGGCGGAAGGCGGGAGCCAGCCGGCGGACGUGGCUGCCGAACAGGCCGAAGAGAAGCCGGCCGACAACGCAGCUCAACCCGGUCUGCUGCGGGAGGAACACAUCACGUGUGUGCACAAUAUCUUGGACGAGUUCCUGCAGACUUACGGCAGCCUCAUCCCCAUCAGCGUGGACGAGGUGGUGGGGAAGCUGGAGGACAUCUUUCAGCAGGAAUUCUCCACCCUCCAGAGGAAGAGCCUGAUCAACCAGCUGAUCCAGUCCUACCAGCGGAUGCCGGGCAACGCCGUGAUCCGGACCUUCCGGGUGACGUACAAGCGCCAUGUGGUGACCAUGGACGACUUGCAGACCCUCUUCGGCUCCAACUGGCUCAACGACCAGGUGAUGAACAUGUACGGGGACCUCGUAAUGGACACCGUGCCGGAAAAGGUUCACUUUUUCAACAGUUUUUUCUACGAUAAGCUACGAACCAAGGGGUACGAAGGCGUGAAGCGUUGGACCAAAAAUGUGGACAUUUUUAACAAAGAGAUCCUGUUGAUCCCGAUCCAUCUGGAGGUUCAUUGGUCGCUGAUCUGCGUGGAGGUGAAGCAGAAGAAGAUCACUUACCUGGAUUCCCAGCGGACCCUCAACCGGAGGUGUCCCAAGCACAUCUGCAGGUACCUGCAAGCCGAAGCGGAUAAGAAGAACCGUCCCGAUUUCCGAGAAGGCUGGAGAGGGGUUUUCCAGAUGAACAUCGCCCGACAGAACAACGACAGUGAUUGUGGAGCCUUCGUCCUGCAGUAUUCCAAAUUCCUGGCCCUGGGCCUGCCCUUCACCUUCACACAGCAGGACAUGCCGAAACUCCGCCGACAGAUGUACAAGGAGCUGUGCCACUGCAAACUCCUCGCGUGACAGCCCCAGCUGCACCCCCUACCCCACCCCUCCCUCCCAAGCCCCCUCCCCCCACACCUCCCCACGAGGAACGCCGCACAACCCUUGGACCGGAGCAGCUGCAGGCCCUCGUCCGGCCGGGGGGGUCCCAACCUCCCCGGGAUUGCAGCCAAGAGACAAGGGGACUGUUUUGAGGUUUGAUCCACCGGACUUAUGUGGGACGGGGGGGGGGGAUGUUGUUGUUUUUUUAACCCAAGUUAUGUCCUGACCCUCCUUUCCUCCCCCCCCCUUUUUUUUUUCUCUUCCUUUUUUUUCUUUUGGUCAUUCUAUUGGUUUUUUUUGGUUCCUGUUUCAACUUGGGACAGAUAGCCUUUCUCGCGGUUGUCUCGUUUGGGAAUUGAGGGGGGGGGAGGUCUGCCGGCAUCAGGGGGGUCGAGGUGCCCCCCCCCCGCUCCCUGCCAAUCCGAGAAAAGCACGGGGAAUCCUGAACUCGGGACCGGAAAAGGAGGGGGCGCAGGGGAGAGCCCUGGACACAGACGCACCAUCCCCUCCUGUGCUCUGUCCCCCCCCCUGUGGCUUCAUCGUGUUAGUUCAUAAUGUAUUUCCUUUUCCCCCCACCCAGAAAAAGGGGAAAGGCAUUGGAAAAGAGGGAAGGGGGCUGCACUGGGUGGGCCGGGGGGUGAGGUUUCUUACACUCGGGGGGCCGAGAUUAACUGAAAAACAAGCGUGUUUUUUUUUUUUAUACAAUGGUUGCCA